ACGCCAUCCUCUUUAAAAACUCUAGAAUUUUGAACCAUUCUGCCGCGCUCACCGCCGUUGAAUGCAAGAUCUCUCGUUCCCAUUCACCGUCCACCUUUUAUAUCCUCCGCCAAAUUCCUCCCUUUCUUCCUUCUUUCCACCUACUCUUUCAACAGCACAACCCAAAUUCUUCUUCUACAUAUCACUUCGCACAAACAUCACCCCCAACCAGCUCGACGAUAUGCCUCAAGGAGUCCUCAUCGUCUUCCCGCUCCUCACCCUUUUCUUCCACCUCUCAUCGGCUUUGGUAGCCGUGAAUCCUUACUACCGCAACUGCUCCGGUCCAUUCCGCUGUAGCGGCAGCAAAGUGAACGUUUCGUUCCCUUUCAGCCUUCCCGAUAGCCCUAGCUACUGUGGCGUCCCGGGCUACGAACUCAACUGUAGCGAUGCCGAAUCCGAACCCAGCAUCCGUCUGGACGGAGUCGAUUACAGAGUCAAGGGCAUCGAUUACGACAAGGGUUUCCUCACCCUGGUCGAAUCGAAUUUCCUGGGCAAUUCUUGCCCUGAGACCUUUACGAACGCCAGCAUCAAUUCCACGCUCUUCGAUUUCGCCGAUCUGGAUGUCAACUUGACGGUCUAUAUCAAUUGCAGUAACCCGAUUCCCAGCCUGACGGCGAUCCCCUGCUUUAGCGAUCCCUUUGGGCCUUACUCGUAUUAUAAAUUAGACAAAGGGCCGUCAUCGUUUCUGUUGGAUUUGUUCGGGGGGUGUCAGUUGAAGGCAGCGGUGCCGUUGGAUGAAAUGGCAGCGAUGUCGUUGAACAGCAACUCGUCCAAGUUUGGGGAGGUGUUGAAGCAGGGUUUUGGAUUGAAGUGGACUGCGGGGAAGGACUGGUGCAGGGGAUGCAUUGAUUCAGGUGGGGUUUGUGGUUAUAAUUCAACGAGGGCUUCUGAUCCCAUUUGCUUCUGCCCCAACAAUACUGCACUUGGGAGUUGCCCUUAUGAACGGAAGGAAAGUUCAAAGACCGGCCUUAUAAUCGGUCUGAGCACGGCCGGAGGAUUUAGCUUCAUCAUGUUCUGCUCCCUUUGCUUUCUCAUUUACAGACGCUGGAAGAAGAAGCAAUCCUCUUCUACCUCAAACUUCCUUGACCGAAGCCCUUCUUCUGCAAUGUCUUCCAAAACUGACCCCGAACUAGGCUCCUCUGUCUACACUCCCAUCUUCUCCUACGAUGAGCUUUAUGAAGCAACCAAUGCCUUUGAUGCCUCCAAAGAACUUGGUGAUGGAGGCUUUGGUACCGUUUACAAAGGCAAGCUGAAAGAUGGCCGGGUGGUUGCAGUGAAGCGCCUCUAUGAAACCAACUACCGGCGCGCCGAGCAAUUCAUGAAUGAGGUUAAGAUAGUCUCCCUGCUACGCCACCAGAAUCUUGUUAGCCUCUAUGGCUGCACCUCCCGCCAUAGCCGGGAGCUCCUCCUAGUUUAUGAAUUCAUCCCAAAUGGCACAGUUGCUGACCACCUGCAUGGUUCUAGAGCAUCUGAAUCAUUCCUACCAUGGAAUGUAAGGAUGAACAUUGCCAUCGAAACCGCUGAUGCUCUCAACUACCUCCACUCCGUCGAGCCGCAGAUCAUCCACCGCGACAUCAAGACCAACAAUAUCAUGCUUGACAACAGCUUCCAUGUCAAGGUUGGUGACUUUGGCCUAUCCAGGCUCUUUCCACUUGAUGCCACACACGUAUCGACCGCCCCGCAGGGAACACCGGGUUACGUCGAUCCUGAGUACCACAAAUUCUUUCAGCUCACAGACAAGAGUGAUGUUUAUAGCUUUGGAGUAGUAUUGAUGGAGCUCAUAUCAUCAAUGCCCGCAGUUGAUAUUAACAGAAAGUUUAAUGAAGCCAAUCUGGCUUACAUGGCAAUAAAAAAGAUACAAAGGCAGGAGUUGCAUGAGCUUGUGGAUCCUAGGCUGGGUUUUCAUACAGAUUCCAACAUAAAUUCUAUGAUCUCUCAGGUAGCAGAGCUGGCAUUGCAGUGCUUGCAGUCAGAGAGGGAGAUGAGGCCCGCCAUUAAAGUGGUCCUGGAGGUUCUGAGAGAAAUAGAAAAAGCUGGUUUUAAGAGUGGAGAUUGUAUGGAGGUAGCUGAUGCAGUGAAGGAGGAAGCAUGUUUGCUGAAGAACAUUCCUCCCUACUCUCCUAAUUCAGUUGCAGACAGAUGGAUCAGCAUCUCUUCCUCAAUAUCCAGCUUCUCCGGGUGAGUGCAAACUAUUGCUUCAUUUACAGAUUUCUUCCUUAAUUUUUUUUUUUUCUUUCAUAUUGUGCCCUUUUGAGUUGAUUAGUGCAGAGCUGAAAGGGUUUGUAUAUAUAGGGUUUUGAUAUGAUAUAUACAACUUUAUGCAACAGAGGAGAUGUUGCUGCAAAUAUAGAUUGAUUGGUUAACUUUGUUGAAACUCUGCUGUAACCAUCAUUAGUUUACUUGUAUAUUUUUUUACAGUGAACUAACCAUAGGCACGUACAGUUUUAUGCUGAACAAAGCAUUGUGUGAUGAGAACUCACAGUGCAUGAAUUCUUUUUUCCAUAUAUAUUUUCAUGCAUUGUGUAACUCCAAUGUUCCCAAGUUUUGGAAGGCACAAAGAAUGCUAAUAAGAGAAAGAAGAUUUACAUACA